ACGAACAAAGACCAAUCUCUGCUGUCCAAAAUCGAGAACGUCGGAAAAAUGUAAUGUCUGCAAAUUUUCGGGCUUCUUAGUUCCGUGUUUCGCUAAGUAAAAUGAGUGUCGUCCAGUAAAAGUUCGAAUGGUGUUGGAAUAUCGGUUGUUCGGAAUAGCAAAGAGUAUUAUUUUCUCGCUUAAGCGACGGCAAAUGCGGAUGAGGAUUGUGCAAGAAGUGCAAGUGAAAUCCGUCAGUAGAAGAGCAGUGCAGUGGAAACCGGAGUGGUGGUGAAAGGAAAAUGUCCAGUCGUGUACGCAAACAGAACGAGCCUAUGAAGGCGUUCGUUCCGGUAAGCUCUCUUGUGGUGCGCGGUUCUGGCUCGCUACAAUGUACAACUUCCGGCGGCGGUAGUGGGAUUGGGUUCAAAUCUCUAUCUGCGACACUUUCGCCCCCCAUCAGGCACAUCUCACCGGAGCAUGCCAUCUCGGGCCAUCGGAGUCCCGGUGCACUCACUUAUAAAGGAAAAGUGCUUACACUGAAUGAAGGUUCGAUGCGGCGAACAGCAUCGCUCGAUGCACUGUAUUUGCGUCCGGCUCCGGCAUGGAGUCUACUGACCUCCACCCUGCUACAGCUUGACAAAGCAACCCAAACCGAUGAAUCGUACUUGGAACGCACACGAGGCAGCACGUGGACACCUAGCCCCGGUGCGGUAGCUGGGUCUUCGGCGGAUUCUUCGCCCAUCAUCACCCGCACCGAGGUGACCACACCGACUGAUUUGAAAAUGGAAAAGGUGAUAAGACAAAGACUGCAACGCACACAUCGCGGUGAACACUCUGUUAGUUCCCAGACGCUAAGUCCAAACCAUGCUAAGGCAAGCCCAGUUUCGAUACCUCCACGUACCUGUCCACCUGUUCACAUGCGACCGAUGCGAAACUCAGUAGAAGGAUUAAAUCAGGAAAUAGAAAAGUUGGUUCUUUAUACCGGUCAACCACACACCUGUCGAUCUGAUCUGGAAAUGUAUUCCCGCGGUACACCGGAAGGGCAUCGUGCACCACUGGCAGAACUGUUCCAUGCUGCUAGUGGAGGAUGUGUGACACUGUCGAGUGAUACCCGUUCGGUAAACACUCAAACACCGUUGGGUGAUACGUUGUCUUCGGACGAUGGUAGCCAAAGCACGUCUCCCGACGAGGGGGCAGCCGUAUCGAGUGCAUCUCCCAGGAUCAAUAAGUUUUUGGCUCGUGAACCACCAGAUGGUUGUGAAAAGGUGAACCUCAAGCUAACAGAAGCCGACACCAGUACAAAUACGACACACUUCAAGCCGUGUGUUGCUUUCCAGCUGAGACCUUCGCUGGGUUCUGCAUUUCAGCCGUUGCAGCCAAUACCAACGUUAAAAACCACCCCGGAAGACGACGGCAACACCGAAGUGGAAACCGAGAGUCAGGAAGCUGUAUCGGAAACCGGUGAAGUAAACUGAGCUGCAACCAUUUCCCAUGGUGGCACUAGAAAUACACGGUUGCUUCAACCCUUCCCGUCACCUCCUUUGGACUAGAGUGUGUAUAACAACCACCUCUGUGCACACUCUUUCGCGAUCGGUUGGUACGCGUUAUGCGCAAAUAAAUCGGUAGGUACAACUAAAAUGUCGAUUCAAUAUCAUUUUGUAAGGUAAAACAAUGAAGGCGUUACUCUGUCGAUUAUCAAUAAAUUACCAAUGAAGGGUGAUGAGACCUAAAAUUUUUGACAUAUUUCCCAAAUGAUUACCAUAGAUUGCUUCGUACGUUAGAACAAAAACAACAAAAACGAUUGUGCUUUGAAAUGGGGUUUAUUAUGACGUGCACAUCACCAUAUUAAUUUGAGUUUGGCAAGAUAAAGACAAAUUUCAUAUAAUUUAAAAUGUUUCUUGAGCUAAAGGUUUUUUCCACUAAUCAGUGCUGAUAAUUAUAGAGCGUCAAUGUGUGUAAAUAGUGCAUAUUAAUGAGGCAGAGAUAUGAGAGAAAAGUUUAGCAGAUACAAAAGGAACGCGAAAGGCAACAGUUUUUCAACCAGAUUUGAGUGCCAUGUUUUGAUGGCCGGUUUUGUACUGACGACAAGAUAAUAAUAAACAGACAGAUAUCAAUCAGGAACUGAAGAUAAAACAUUCAACUUAUGUACGAUUCACUACACACUAUUAAAGUCAUGACCAUAAGCACCAUAGUCCCCUUUCCUAUAUAUUUUUUUCUUUGUGCAUUUGCAACUGUUUCGUUUUUAUAGUUGAGUCCGUAUCUAAAAUACUAAAAAUGCUGUGUUAUUUUUUAUUUUUUUUAUCUUCAGGACUUUUUUUUUAAAUUUGGGAUCUAGGUUUCAAUUACCUUCUAGAAUUAUUAAACUUUAAAUUUUGGCUCUCUUUUCAUUGACUUGUAGAUUAUUCCUUUAAAUAAAAUGCAUAUUUGGGAUUUCUGGAACUAAAAUGAUCUCUUAAAUAUUUUCCCAAAUGACGUUUUCUGCUUAAUGGUUCAAUUUUAUGAAUCUAUCACGCAAAUUUUGUUAUGCAUACGUUUUGACAAUAUAUCUAUAAAACGGCGUGCUAUUACGAUAUUGAUGCUGCCAGAUACGGAAUAAACUACCCUGGCUUAUUUUCAGCUUUAUGGGACAGAUUCUUGGCGACUUGUUCCUAUUUUGUUCUAUUUUAAAUUGAUGUGUUUAAAUAUAAUUUGCUGUUCAGUUUUUAUUUUGUCCCUGCAUCACAUUUUUGAGGAUUACUGACGUUGAGGCUAUGUUUUCAUUGGUUUAGGUAGAUAGUUGAUGAACAUAUUUACAGACACCAUCUAAAAAUAUUGUUUAAAAAAACUAAGCCUUGUACAUCUUAAUGCUGAGAUUCAAAUUAAUUUGAACUUCUUGUUUUUUCCGGUUUAUUUUUACACGAUUAAUAUUUCUUGUUUACUUUGAGUUUCAUGGUAUGUAUACCUUGGAACAGGCAUUAGAUUUGCUUUUCACUAGGUCCCGAGCAUCAUCGCUCAAGGGUGCAUACAUGAUGCGUAUUCCACACAUAGGAAAAUUUUAAAACUCCAGUCAGUUUCCUGUUCCUGUAUGGCAUCCAAAAGCCGCAGAAAAAGAUAGAACGCUUUCGGCUGCUAGAGGAAUCGUGGAAAAAUAAUAAUGGAAUCAUCAGUUUCUUUAUCGAAGUUGCAUUUUUAAACCUUCCUAUCUGGAGAACCUACGUUUGUAACUCAAUUUGUACAUUGCAUGCGCUCAGAGCGGAAAUGUUCCGGAACCAGAGAAGGGCCCAUCCAUGGCUAUCAAAAAAUCCCGAAAACUCGAAUACAUUUUGCACAACCAUUACUAAUAGCGAACAAAAGUAUCGAUCGAAAAAUAACAAUAGAAUCAAAACGACAUACAUUAUAUUUUGAUAUACAACAAUUCUAUACACACAUGCAUAACAUUUGACAUAACAAUUGUAGAAUUCUUUCAAUAGUAGACAAUGUACUAAGCUAACUGCUAUAUUUCGCUUGUACGAGACGGCAGAGUGGGGCUUAAUGGAAAUGAAGAAAUAACUGUAUGAUCGUGGUAAAGAAUGCAUUUUAGCCUUUUUUUUAUGAAUGGUGACGAAUGAGAACAAAGCUGCUUAAACCUAAAAGUUAAGUAAUGUCGGUACCAGAAGACAAAGCUUAAAUUGACAAACUUGAUUUGUGGCACAGGAUGACACUGUUAUUGAAGACGGUUUCUAUAAACAGUCUGAACAGGACCAAGCAAAAGUGACGAAAAAUAUCUCGAUGGCUUUUUUUUUUAAUUCGCGUGUGCUGUGUUUUGUGUUUUCAAUAUUUAUGAGUUCCACCGAUGUUACAUUCCCCCUUAUUAUAAUGAUUAAAAUCUUUCACAGCAACAUGGAAGGAAUUCGUGAUACAGUUUGUGAGCAACAACCAAACGCAGGAAAAUCUGAAUAAGAUCGUUGAAUUAUUCCAAUAUACAACCCAGUAUUAAAAAUGGGAAGCAUUCUAUGCUCAAAGCAAGUUAAGAAAAAUAUUGUUAUGCAUCAAGAAAUUGUCAAAAAUUGGGUUCAUAACUAUUCAAAAUAAGAAAAUAAAAAUCGAUAAUAGCCCCAUGAUUCCAAAAAAAAAUGGAGAGAAACAUAUUCAAAACAAAUACCGAAGUAGAACUACUUUAUUUUUUGACUAAAAUAAAAUUGCUGCUGAAAAAUAAUACCUACCCACUAAUUCGCUGAUAAUUAUUCCCAAAUACUAAAUGUACAAAUAUAUUACUUUAAGGGUUUUGUUUACAAAGGAAAAGAAAACAUUGACGAAGAAAACGUUGAAAAUAACUUUCUUUAUAUGUAGAUCGAUAAGUUACAAAUAAUAAUAACCACAUAGUAAACAAUAAGUAUAAUCUUUGCCGAAGCGAAUGAUCCAACAGAAACAUUACAGAUGUAACUAGAAAAAAAGCACAGUGAGCAAAUCAAGAUACUUUGCAAACGAGGGAGAAGAACUGUUCUGUUCGGUAGGUGGUACAACAUCAUCCAUUUCAAAUGAAUAACACAACGUUACCAACGCUCGAUCUUGUAGUGAAAACAGGUACAUUACAACGCCAUAUAGUCAGCGGGAAAAUGCGAGGAGUUCAGUCCGUAUGAACAUUUCUAAUGAACUACUGAACCCAUUUCGAUACGUCUUUUACUUUAUAGUUUUGCAAAGUACAACGCAACUGUGCUAUACUGGACCAGCUGGUAUCCAUAAUUAGCUCUUUCGAUUAUUAUGAUCAACAUUAUUAUUAUUAGUUUGUAGAUAAUAACUUUAAUUGAAUUAAGCGUUUUAUGUUCGUUCAGUUAUACAUUUUUUAUAUGCAUUUUGUUGUGUAUUAUGAGUAAGGAUUUGAAGUAAAUCGUUUAUUGUGAA